AUGGGGUGCAGGUGCUGCAAAAUGAUACAAAGCUAUAUUUUUGAUCCAGAAGAAGUACAAUCGCCUGGAUGCACUCAUGAAGUAAACAGCUACAAAAACAACGAGCAAGGCAGCAAUAAAUUCAAAUUCGAAGCGAACAGUGAAAUUCAAGAACACAAAAAUGAAGUCCAGAAGGAUGAGCCAAACAGAACAGAAAAUAAAAAUCCAGUAAACAGCACAAAAGAAACUCUCUGUAACCAUGGAGGCAAUGAUUUUCAAGCGGAUGGCCCUGUGAAGUGUGUUGCAAAGCUCAAUGUUGCAGUCAACGGUGGCAACUCCUGUGCUGGAGCGCACCCCAUGCUCAAUCCCAGCACAAACCCAGUGAAAGAAGCCAGUGAACAGGGAACCUCCAGCCAGUCAGCAGACCCUUCUUCAGCCAGCAAUAGAGACUUUUACACCAAAUCAAGUAAAUCUGGCCAAGAACCUGACCUAGAGGCAGGCAGUCAGAGGAAGGCAGCCUGCAACGAGCUGAACAGUAUUCCAGAUAGGAACUACCAGUCUGCAGAAGACAGCAUCUUUUUCAAAGGAACUGCGAUGCUGGAGACAGAAAACAAUGCCAUAGAACUGCCAGAUAUUGAUUAUCCCCAAAACGGUAAUCAAACCAGGAACUAUGUUGAAAAAGAUAGCUUUUCAGUGAACUGUGCACAUUCAGAUCAAAACAGUGGUCCUUCACCAGUACAGGACCAGCACCUUUGUGUAACUCUGCCGUCACCUAUGAAGGAGAGCAGUACUGAACCUUUCCAAACUGACUCUGCAAGUUUGAGUGAGGGAAUUACUGGUGGUAUCACUGCCACGGCUGUUACCAAAGUAGCACAGGCAUGCACACACCCCAAGCAUGAAGACAUGAAUGGACAAAUUGAGGAGGAAGACGCUGAAGUUGCAGCAGCUCUGGCUGCACUGGAAGCUGCAACUGCAGGGGAAGACCUGGAAGAUGACGAGGAAUACUAG